AUGGCAGACCAGCAGCCUCCCCGCAUUCACAAUGAGAUCUACCCAUUCCUCCAUCCAUCAAAAUUCAGGAAUUCUUUAAAAGGAAAGGUUAUUCUCAUUACCGGUGCUCUUGGUACUAUUGCCGGCGCCACCGCUGAAUGCUUCGCCACUACUGGUGCCCGUCUCUUCCUAUCCGAUAUACAGCCUUCGCUGCCAGAUUCUACCAAGCAUCGUCUUUUGUAUCUUGGUGCUGAUGAAGUGCAUUAUUGGCGCUGCGAUGUCGGAAACCCCAAAGAGUGCGAGGAUCUGGUCAAACAAGCUACCUUCACCGUAGGCAACAUUGAUGCCCUCAUUAAUGGUGCCGGAGUUGUUGGUGUCCGCGUGUUCCAUAAGCAAGACCCUGCUCUUUUCUUCCGAGACAUGGCAAUCAACUUCAAUGGACCCCUGGUCCUGAUGCGUAUGGUCCUGCCUGGAUUUAUUGAGAGACGCCAAGGGUGCGUGAUCAAUAUCGCUUCCAAGGCAGCCACUGUAGACUUUCCAUUCAACAUUAGUUAUUGUACCAGCAAGGCGGCUUUGGUCAAGUUGACGAGCGUCCUUCAGGCCGAAGUGGAUGAAGUUGCUCCAUCAUCUGAUAUCAAUCUAUACGCGAUCCAUCCAGGCGCGGUGCGUUCGGGCAUGAAGAUAGCAGAUGGCCAUCAUGACGCUGCACUAGCAGAGUUUCCUCAAGUCUUCUCCCGCUUCGAGGAGUGGAUGAAAAGGUUCACUGGCUCGCCGCACUUGGCUGGCAUGUCAUGUGUAGCUCUCGCAACCGGUAUUGCGAAGGAUGCGCUUAGGGGCAGAUAUUAUGAUGUUGAACAGGAUCUGGAGGAUACAAUUGCCCAGACAGCAUUGUUGAAGGCGGAUCCGCUGCUUCACACUCUGCAUAUUAGCAUGCUCGGGUCAUUGGAGCGAGAGGAGGGUGCUAUUGCCCAGAAGCCGGAGGAGAGGUUCGACUUCCCUGGGUUCUAG